ACAGUGUGGAACAGGAACAGAUCAUACCAUGAAAACUUGUAUGGACAAAAUUAACAGCACGCAGAAGUUAGCAGAGAUCAUUCAAGAGAAGUAUGACCCAGAGAAUUCAGGUUUCAUCAGUACUGAGCAUUUCCGAGACCUGCUUGCGGCUCAUGGAUCAGAACUGGACCCCCACAAGCUGGAGGUUCUUCUUGCACUGGCGGACGGAAAUGCUGAUGGAAAGAUCUGCUACCAGGAUUUUGUUAACCUGGUGAGUUCUGCAGAUGAACUUGAGAUGAGCAACAAGCGCUCAAACAGUUUCCGUCGAGCGAUCCUGCAGGGGAGUCGGCAGCUCAGGAAUUCCGCGCUAAGAGAGGAAGUGGGCUUGGGUCUGUCUCGGAGACUUGUGCGUCAUGUUGCCUAUGAGACUUUGCCAAGAGAGGUGGACCGCAAGUGGUACUUUGACAGUUACACCUACUGUCCACCACCAUGGCUUAUGCUGGCCAUCACUAUAGCAGAGGUUAUUGUCUUUAUGUAUUAUGGAUUCCAACUUAACCGCUGGGUUCUGCAAGUCUCAUCACCAUACUUCCUGAAGGGCCCAUUGCCAUACCACCCACAGCUCAGAGCUCAGGCCUGGCGCUACCUUAGCUACAUCUUCAUGCACGCAGGAAUUGAACACCUGGGUCUAAACAUGGCCAUGCAGCUUUUGGUGGGUGUGCCAUUAGAGAUGGUCCACGGAGCUUUGAGAAUAGGCCUGGUGUAUGUGUGUGGCGUACUGGCAGGUUCAUUGGCUGUGUCAGUGGCUGACAUGACAGCACCUGUGGUCGGUUCAUCAGGCGGAGUCUACGCUCUGGUCUCUGCCCACCUAGCCAACGUUGUCAUGAACUGGUCAGGGAUGAAGUGUCAGUUCAAGCUCUUUCGCAUGGCAAUGGCUCUGGUGUGCAUGAGUGUGGAGUUUGGUCGUGCCGUCUGGCUUCGAUUCUAUCCCCCAGCCUUCCCGCCAUGCCCUAAUCCCAGCUUUGUGGCCCAUCUGGGGGGUGUGGCAGUGGGCCUCACCCUUGGCGUUGUGGUUCUUCAGAACUAUGAACAGCGUUUGCAGGAACAGUCCUUAUUCUGGAUCUUCUUCAGUGUCUACACACUCUUUAUCCUCUGUGGAAUCUUCUGGAACAUUUUUGCUUAUAGUCUCUUGGAUGUCAAGCUACCCCCACCUCCAUGA